AUGGCACAAGACCCAAAGGAAAUGUGGCGGAAGUUGCAGCAGAAGGUGGCCUCAGCACAGCAAAAGGGUAGAGGAGGCUUACCAGGCGGUCCUAGGAAUUUUUUUGGUGGAGCUGCUGGCCUUCUACUGCUUGGAACUGGUGUGGUGGUGGUCAACAAUGCGCUAUUCAACGUGGACGGUGGUCAUCGAGCUAUCAAGUACACAAGAGUAGGUGGUGUACAGAAAGAGAUAUAUAAUGAAGGAACACAUUUCAAGAUCCCCUGGUUCGAGACUCCCAUAACCUACGACGUCCGCGCCAAACCUCGCAAUGUCGCCUCCCUGACUGGAACCAAGGAUCUGCAAAUGGUCAACAUAACCUGCCGUGUCCUCUCUCGCCCUGCAGUCAACGCUCUUCCUACAAUAUACCGCACCCUGGGUACCGACUACGACGAGCGAGUCUUACCCUCCAUCGUCAACGAAGUCCUCAAGAGUGUAGUUGCCCAAUUCAACGCAAGCCAGCUUAUUACGCAGCGUGAGAAUGUUGCGAGAUUAGUGAGGGAGAAUCUUUCGAGGCGAGCACAAAGAUUCAGUAUCAUUCUCGAUGAUGUUUCGUUGACUCACCUAGCGUUCUCUCCCGAAUUCACCGCAGCAGUCGAAGCCAAACAAGUCGCCCAGCAAGAAGCCCAACGGGCUGCCUUCGUCGUGGACAAAGCGCGCCAAGAGAAGCAAGCUACAGUUGUACGAGCCCAGGGUGAAGCUCGCUCUGCGGAGCUCAUUGGCGACGCCAUCAAGAAGAGCAGAAGUUAUGUGGACUUGAGAAGGAUUGAGAACGCCAGGAACAUCGCAACGAUCUUGCAGGAGGCGGGCGGAAAGAACAAGUUGUAUUUGGAUGCAAAUGGCCUGGGGCUCAAUGUCACGGAGGCUUACGAGGAUAAGAAGCCGCAUUCAUAG